AUGGAGACAGGCGCGCUCCGUCUUUAUUAUGGCCCAGACAAAGGCGUGAAGAGGCUCCGCGCACGUCCACCGAGGCGCCCCACUUCUUUACCUCCUUAUUAUUUAAAGAUCGAGACAGAUCCGUGCGCUAUGGAGAAGAAAAGUCCGUCUGGGAAGAAGUUUCGGAGCAAGCCACAACUGGCUCGAUACCUCGGAAACCAGAUGGACCUGAGCUCUUUUGAUUUCCGCACAGGAAAGAUGUUGAUGAGCAAACUCAACAAAAACCGGCAGAGGAUGAGGUACGACAACAACAGCCAGAACAAGGGCAAACCAGACUUGAACACGUCACUCCCGGUCAGACAGACGGCCUCCAUCUUCAAACAGCCGGUCACAAAAGUCACCAAUCAUCCCAACAACAAAGUGAAGACGGAUCCUCAGAAAGCAGUAGACCAGCCGCGACAGUUAUUUUGGGAGAAGAAGCUUAGUGGUCUCAAUGCGUUCGACAUCGCAGAAGAACUUGUCAAAACGAUGGAUCUGCCCAAAGGUUUACAAGGUGUGGGGCCCGGCUGCACGGACAAGACCCUGCUCUCGGCCAUCGCCAGCGCUCUGCACACCAGCGCGGCUCCCAUCACAGGUCAGCUGUCUGCGGCGGUGGAGAAGAACCCCGGAGUGUGGCUCAACACAACACAGCCUUUGUGCAAGGCGUUUAUAGUCACAGACGAGGACAUCAGGAAGCAGGAGGAGCUGGUGAGGCCGCCAACGGAGGAGAGACGCAGAAGGAGGAGGGAGACGCCAGCGAGGGCAGCGAGAAUGUAUAGCACAGGUUUCAAACUUCUCAAGCGUAUUUGA